AUGGUCUUCAAGAAAUAUAAUAAAAUAUCAAAAAUAAAUCAACGUAAAAGUACUAACCGAUCUGUUCCAGGGAGCUUCGGCCGUCUUCAGUACCUACAGAAUCUAAUUAGCGAAUAUCAGCAAACUGGAAUAGCGGAACACAAGGAACAGAUUUUAGCCAAUCUUGCUAAUUUCUGCUACGACUCACGAAACGGCCCACAACUUCGUCAAUUGCGUGUCGUUGAUCUCUUUUUUGACUGCAUCUUAGAACCAUCAAGUGCGUGGUACAAAGCUGCCUUCCAAUCCGGAUCAAAUUUGAAAGUUGGUGAGAGCGAAGCUCGUCUAGUUGAAUUUGCUCUUGGAGGUUUAUCUAAUCUUUCGGCUUCAUCACCCCUAAGUCGUCAAGAAAUUCUCAACCACAUACAUUUACCGUGUAUUGUGGCUUGUGCUACAUCUCCAGACUCCACAGUUGUUGUACAUUCGCUGACUAUUAUCGUACAUUUGUUUACUCGUUGUCCGAAUUCAGAAGAUUUUAUUUCUUUGGGUACUAAGUUUCCUGCUAUCAUCCAAAUAGCUCGUCAGUAUUGUGAGUCACGUAAUCGGCAGACAGACAUUGAUCCUCGAAUUCCAAUUUUAUCACAAAUACUACUGGAAGACUGUUGUAAUUGCAGUUCUUCUCACUAA